CCUCCCUCGGCCCGCGCCCGAGCGAGCGCCCGGCCGGGCCCCGAGUCCGCCCGCGCCCCGCGCGCGGCACCCCCGGGCCCACGGAAGCUGGCGGCGCGAGCGGACCGGAGCGAUGUGGCGCAUGCGUGGUGGCGCCGGCCGGCGCGGGAGCUGCGGCGGGGCCGGCGGCGGGCGCCGCGGCGAGUCGGGCCGCCCGGGCCGGGGCGGUGAGGGCGUCGGCGUGGGCUGGCGAGGCCGCGCGGGCGGGGCCCGGCGACAGCUGGAGGAGCGCUUCGCCGACCUGGCGGCCAGCCACCUGGAGGCCCUGCGCGCGCGCGACGAGCGGGACCGGCAGAACGCGCGGCUGCGCGAGGAGAACGCCCGCCUGCGCCUGGAGAACCGGCGGCUCAAGCGCGAGAACCGCAGCCUCUUCCGCCAGGCCCUGCGGAGGCCCGGCGACGGCGGCGACCCCGACGCCGCGGACGCCACCCCCGGCCCGGGCGAGCCCGCCGCCAACCGCCGGGCCGCCGCCGGGGACCCCGACGACGAGCCGGGCAGCCCCAGGGCGCUGCGCGCGCGGCUGCAGAGGCUGGAGGUCAUGUACCGCCGCGCCCUGCUGCAGCUGCACCUGGAGCAGCAGGCCGCGCGCCCGCCGGGGGACACCGAGCAGCCGUCGCCCCGGAAAACCGCCACCGGCCCGCGCGCCGAGGACCCGGACGUUCCCGGGCCCUGGCCAUAGCCGGACCGCGCCGCGCGGCGGGAGGGGCGGGGCCUGCGCGCGGACCGCCCCCUGGCGCCACGCCCCUCUCUCAGCACGCGGAAGCUCAGGACCAGUGCUCCCCGGACCUAGGCCCCUCCCGAGGCCACUUCCGGGCGUCACAUCCGUUGGCC